AUGCUAAAACGAAACGAUUGGAACAUCGACCUGAUGUUCCAUACAACCACCGUUAACGAGGCGACCACUCGCUCGCACACCAGUUUCUGUAGCAAUCUUGCCAAUAUGCGAACCGCCGAAGUACUGACCGACUGUACGUUGCUGACCAACGACGGGAAAGAAUUCCCGGCGUAUCGCAUAGUAUUGGCCGCUCAGUCGGAUGUCUUCUCGGCCAUGUUCCAGCAUGAUACGCUGGAAAAGAAAACCGGCCGUUGUGAGAUUAAAGACAUUAACAGCGACACACUGGGCAUUGUGCUGGAUUUCGUUUAUCAAUGUCUGCGCGAUCUUUGUGAAAAGGCCAUGGCUGCCAGCCUCACGGUGGAGAACGCGCUGGACAUGUUGGUUUUCGCCAAAAACCGACAGCUUGUCUUUCUCAAGACGAAAGCGGCAUGUCGCUGA